AGCUUUUAAGAACUCUAUGUUGAAUUUUGUUUUCUAUCAACGAAAAACAAUUUUGAGCUCCAGUCAGUUCUUUUUUUUAUUUAAAAAACUUCACUCAAAAUUUCAAGUCUAAUAUCAAAAUUCGUCCAAAUGGGUGAAAUCAUUCAAAUCCACGUUGGUCAAGCUGGUGUUCAGAUCGCAAACGCUUGCUGGGAGUUAUACUGCCUAGAGCAUGGAAUUAAAGCUGAUGGAACUCUAUGUGAAUGUCCUUCUGAUAAUACAUUUACGAAUUUCUUUGACUUCAAAACAUCCGAUAAGGUUGUCCCACGUGCGAUUUUGGUUGAUUCCGAACCAACAGUAAUAGAUCAAGUACGAACUGGGCCCUACGGCUGUCUCUAUAGCCCUAGUAGUCUAAUAACUGGGAAAGAGGAUAGUGGCAGCAACUUUGCACGGGGCUACUACACUAUGGGCGCAGAACUUAUUGAUAUCACUAUGGAAGCUAUUCGGAAUGUCGUAGAAUCAUGUUCCAAUUUAAGGGGAUUCUUAAUAUUUAGGUCAAUUGGAGGAGGAACAGGCUCUGGUCUUGGAAAUCUUAUUGCAGAACAACUUUUAGAUACUUACGAAAAAGUAGCAAAAAUGGAGUUCAUUAUAUUUCCAUCACCAUCCCUUUCCCCCUUAAUAGUUGAGCCAUACAAUGCGCUCUUGGCCACACAUUUAGGCAUGGAUUCCAUAGAAUGUAGCUGCAUUCUGGACAACGAGGCCCUCUAUGACAUAUGUGCGAAAAAACUUAACAUUAACGCUCCAAAGUAUAAGAAUCUCAACAGAAUAAUUGGACAAACAGCUUCGAAUUUCACGACAUCUCAACGGUUUUCUGGAAGCUCAAAUGUAUCUUUUUCUGAGUUUCAAACUAAUUUGGUUCCCUAUCCUCGCAUUCACUUUCCAGUUGUCAGUUAUGCUCCCUUCAUUCCAGGAACAGGUUCUGGCUACACAAGAUUAUCAACGGAACAAAUCACAACUGCUUGCUUUGAACCAUCAAAUCAACUAGUAAGAUGUAAUCCUGUUGAAGGAAAAUACAUGACUUCGGUUCUUCUUUACCGUGGCAAUGUCUCAACAUCUGAUAUAAACUCUAGCAUAACGCGCUUAAAAGCAACUAAUACCAUCCGUUUUGUAGAUUGGUCACCGACUGGCUUCAAGGUCGGAACUAAUGCAGAGCCACCAUUUUCGGUCCCUGGAGGAGGGCUGGGAAAUACAAACAAAUCCUUAGUGGUUUUGUCAAAUAACACGAUUAUUCGGAGGACUUGGUGUCGACUGAUUGAUAAAUAUGAUCGACUGUAUAGUCAAAGAGCUUUUAUUCACCACUACAUUGCUGAAGGAUUAGAAGAAGCCUCACUAGCAGAGGCUUCUGAAGAUAUUUGUACCUUGAUAUCGGACUAUAAGGAGGUCGAUAAUGCAGGUACCGGAGGGAACACAUCAAAAAAUAUGAAGUGCUGCAGCAGCAAGAGAGCUCAGAGUUCAUCACGUUCUGGAGGGUCAAAGACAGUACGAUCUGAAACCUCGCAGAAACCAUCCCGAGCAUCAGACAAGGGUGUCUCAAUGUACCGUUCAACUUGUGCCAAAAAGCUUUCCAACAACAAAUCAUUUGUUAUUGAAAAUGAAGAUAGAACUCCUCAGAAUUGUACCUUUCCACAGCUGCCAGGCCUCCAAUCCUUAAAUUAUUUCUUCGGUGAAGCUGAAAAUGUAGAAACCAAGCAGAAAACGGGGACAAAACCAAAGAAGUCGGUUAAGUCUGUCGAUUGUGCUGGACCAGGAGAGUGUUUUUGCGAAUGCCAUGUUGAAUACCAUCAUGAAGAAGUUACUGACAUUGAAGGCAUGUCAUCACAAAAUACUUCAUCCACAAGUAUAAGAACCCAAAUAUUUAUUUCGAAACCAACAAAACAAUCGUCACAAACAACAAAACAAACUUGCCAACCAUGCGAUUCUAAUUACGACCGAAAGGGCUUAUCAUUACCAACAAGGUCUAAAGAGAUUUUACCUGGGGAUAGAGAGUUGAAGACAGGGUCUCUUAAAAAGAGCAAAAGCUUUCAGUGCAUUAGUUCCCGAGACGAUUCGAACCGUAAAAGCUCCAAAAAACGUUCCAAAUCUCACGAACCACAGAGAACUGAAGGUAUUCAACAAUCAGGAAAAUCUCUGAAAUAUGAAAGCUUCGAUCAAGGAUUUAACACAGAAGCUUGUAGAGCGAAGGACAGGUUUUUGCUUACUUCAUGUCAAACACAAAUAGUCACAAGAAGAUGCGUCAGAUGCUGUCCGGGAGACGUAUUGAAAUUACCUCCACCACGAUCCGAAGGCCAAGAAAGUUUGGGAGAAGCUUUGAGUGCUAAAGAGAGAUUUUGUAACUCAACUUGUCAACCAUCGCCAAACUAUAACGUUGACUGCAGCUCAAACGAUUUCUGUGAUGAUCAAAAACCAUCAUGUAGUUAUAAGGUUACCUCAAGUGAUCCCUGCACCACUCAGCAACUAUCUAGUUACUGUCCACCAACGGUCAAUCAAUUGGCACAAUGUACAAGACUUACGUGGAUGGCACCUUCUCCAAAUGCAUGCGGCCUUGAACCUAAAGCACCCAAUUGUUUUUGCUUUCGGGUAAAUAAUAAUUUCGACUACAAAAAUAGUGAUGACAAAAUAAUGACCAUGUGUCGGAGGCCAUCAAAACGUAAAAAGUACACGCAUACCGACUGUUUUUGUGAACAUGAAAUUGAUGGUAGAUUUGAUGUAUCAAAUACAGCAAUAAUACCACCGCAAUGUUUUGUCAAUAAUAACAAUUGUGUGUGCUAUCAGGAAGAAAUCGUCUGCUGUCCCAAUGAUAAUGCCGCUUGUGAAAGUUAUCCACAAUGUAGUUCGAUUAUUAGACCGUUUAUAUGUUCAGACACAUCUGGUGAGACAAAUCCAUGUAUUAAUAUGGAUGAUGAGAGGGUGAACGCAAGACUUGGAGGAAACUUUUAAGGGAUAAGUACAGAAAAGGGAACUAUUGGAAGAGGGUAAAAAAAAAUGGUUAACUUAAUUAAAACGUAAUAAAAAUGGAAAAUUUUAUUUGACAUACCUACAAGUGUGUUCAUACUUA